AUGGAAGAAGAUAAUUCUGUUGACUUAGAUCUCGAUUUGUCAAAUAAAAACAUAUCUCUUCAUAACAUUGGUCUUUCAGAUUCAUAUGAAUUUAACGAAGAAGAACCUGACAACGAAAACUCCAAAAUUAACCAUACAAAUGAUCAAUUAACGAAGAUUGAAGAUAUAAGUAUUCAAAAAUAUGAUCAGUUAUUGCAUGAACUUACUAAUAAUAGUAAAAACGAAGAAGAUUCUACAAAAAUAUAUCCAAAAGAAGACGAUUUAAUGGAAAUCUGUCUUACAAUAUCUAAAAUAGCUUCAAGCACAAUAAAAACUACAGAAAUACCUUCAGAUAAAUUAGAUCAGAAAAAUUUCAUCGUUAAUAUUGUUCAACAACUUGUUAAUCUUGUACAAAAUCCAACACAAAGUCCGCAAUAUCUUGAGCUUCUUGCAAAAAACAAAAAUAAAAAGAUUCAACUCGCAAAAUUACAACAAAAGUACGAUUUCCUAUACGAAGAAGUUAAUCGAUAUAAGAACGAGGUUCGCAAGAUAUCAGAAUCAGUUGAUUCCAAGAAAGAAACUCAAAUCGAUCAAAAAAUACAACAAAUUGCAGAUUUAGUUGAAUUACAAAAGAAAACUCAAAAGAAACUACUCAGAGAAACGAAACAUCUCCAUUAUACAGAAUCCAUUCAGCCAGAAGUCUAUGAACCAAAAACAAAAUCGAUUCAAAUUCAAAAUCAAAUUUCAGAAAGCGAAUCAUCAUCAGAAGCAAUCAAUAUCUCGAGACCUGUAGAUAAAUCAACAAAACAUACUAAAUCAUUUAAAUCUUCCCAUGAAAAACAAAGAACAGAAGCAGAAUUUGAUGAACUCAUGGAAAAACGUUCAAAAUAUCAUACAAAUAAUACAAGUAAAACAGACAUUAAAAGAACAAAGAGAAUUCCAUAUCCUGAAUCAUCCAGCACUGAGUCUUCAAGUGAUUUGAUUAUUCUUACCACAAAACCACAAAAGAUCACAAAUAUAUCAAAGGUUCAUCAUCGAUCAUAUAAAUAUGAGAAUAAUUCCGACUCAUUAUCACAAACAGACGAAAAUUUUGAAAAAUCAGAUCAAUAUUCUAAAUUAGGCAAGAAAGUCAAUAAACUGAUAGGAAUUACUAAUCACAUCCAAGGAGAUUUUGAAACUACACACGGAAAUCUUUCUCUUUCACAGUUAUCUAUGCUUCAUGAGAGUUUACUUGACGAAGAGAGGAAAUUACGCAAAUAA